AGGACUGUGAACCCUCCGCCCAGGAUACAGCAUCUGGACAAUGGAGAGCCUCGUUGAGAAUGGCGAUGGCCAACUCACUAUCCACAACCUUCCACCUCCCACCAAACGAAAACCUACGAGCACGGGGCCCUUGACCACCGAAGACAAGGAAAACCAGAAGCGGGUUGCCGACGCACGCAGAAAAUAUGGUCGGGGCCGCCCUGUCCGAGUAAACGAAGUCAAGGACAAGAAAUUACGUGCGAAUCUCAAAAGAAUCGAGAGCAAAUAUCGUACCGCAGUAUUGAAUGCCAAAGAUGCAGAGAUUCUGUACGAGAACGAGGAAGGGUUUCUACAACCGGAGACCGAACUUGAGAAAACGUACAAGGUUCGACAAGAUGAUAUACUGGACGCUGUCGGUAUUCAGCAAGCGAGCAAGUCGAUCGAUUUCAGGCUGGACUUAGGGCCAUACGUCUCCGAUUACACGAGGAACGGGCGCAGCUUGCUCCUCGCAGGAAGAAAAGGUCAUAUUGCUACUUGCGAAUGGCGCGCAGGCAAGCCAGGAUGCGAGUUACACCUGAAUGAGACAGUAAGAGACGCGAAGUGGCUACACAACGAUCAAUAUUUUGCCGUGGCGCAGAAAAAACACACUUACAUCUACGAUCAUGCUGGAGUUGAGAUCCAUUGUCUCCGAAAAUAUGUCGAGACCACGCAUCUUGAAUUUUUGCCGUACCACUUUCUCCUCGCUGGCAUCGAGAACAGUGGGUUUCUUCGAUACACGGAUACUUCGACUGGUCAGAUAGUGGCUGAGCACCCAACCCGAAAAGGAGCGCCGACUGCGCUUGCUCAAAAUCCCUACAAUGCUAUACUCCACGUCGGUCACCAGAACGGUACGGUUUCGCUCUGGUCGCCCAACUCCACGACGCCGGUGGUCAAAAUCCAAUCAAACGCCGGCCCUGUGCGGUCGAUCGCGAUGGACCGCUCGGGCAAUUACAUGCUGUGUGGCGGACAAGAUCUGCGUCUGAAACUCUGGGACAUCCGGGCUUGGAAAGAAGUUCACUCCUACACGACGCGACAGCCAGCUUCUUCGAUAGACAUAUCAGACCGCGGCCUUGCAGCUGUAGCAAGUGGUACAGCGGUGACGAUCUGGAAAGACCUUCUCACCGCCUCCCCAUCGUCCGGACCUCAAAAGGUCCAGUCGCCGUACCUCAACUGGGGCAACGAUGGCCGCCGUAUCGAACGUGUCCAGUUCUGUCCAUUCGACGAUAUCCUCGGGAUCUCGCACUCGGACGGGUUCAGCAGCAUCAUUGUCCCCGGCGCCGGCGAACCCAACUACGACGCCCUUGAGGUCAACCCCUACGAAACGCGCAAGCAAAGACAAGAAACCGAAGUCAAAUCUCUCCUUACAAAACUCCAACCGGAGACUAUUGCUCUCAAUCCAGAUUUCAUUGGGACGUUGGAUACACGCGGUGCGGAGCAGCGUAGGCGCGAAAAAGACCUCGACGCGCCCACGGAAGAUCCCCUGGCGAAGUUGAAGGCGCGAGAGAAGAAUCGGGGUAGAGGCAAGAAUAGUGCACUAAGGAGGCAUCUGCGGAAGAAGGGAGGGAAGAAUAUCAUUGACGAGAAGAGGCUGAGGUUGGAGGAGAUGAAGAAGGAGAGGGCGGAGAGGGAGAAGGAGAGGCUCAAGCAGGACAGACUCGAGUUGGGUCCCGCCUUAUCGAGGUUCGCGAGGAAAGGGGCCUAGGUCGGCCUUGCUGGAUGGUGGUUUUUUGAUACCCCCAAUACAUUGUGAUCAAGAUGGGCGACCCCUUACAAAGGAUCUGUUUUUCACCAACGUCCCGCCUGGUACAGUGGUGGUGUCAAACUACAAUUUCGACCUUUAGUUCCUCCCUUCGCAAAACUCCAACUGCCACGAGUAACCACCGAGCCGGACAUUUCCUUUCCUUGUUACAAGUCUCUAGUCCAGAACACGCUAUCUUGACCCGGCGAACACACUGGUAUAUCUAUUGACAACGGGUUGCUCGCCACUGCCCCUGGGCGCACCCUUCGCCCACCGCUCCUUGCUCAGCUGAUAGCCCGCGGUGCUCUUCCACGCCGACAGGAUCAAAUCGACCGUCUCCCUGACGCCGACGCCGGUCUUGAUCACGGCCCUCACGACCGGCCCGCCUUCACGGAUCUUGUUCGCCUCGCGCUCCAUCAGAUCCACGUCCGCGCCCACCGCGUCGGCCAGAUCGCACUUGUUGAUCACGAGCAGGUCCGAGCCUGUGAUCCCCGG